AUGGCAGCUAUGCCUAGUUUUUUAUGCAAAGAAGAUGAGGAGCCUGCUAUUUCCUUUAGUGGUGUGAGCGGCGGAGAUCAAUGGAUAGAACAUGACCUCCAUCAAGACCAUCACAUCAUUCAUGAGACUGAGGAGAGCGUACAAGAGAGAGUGAAGGAUCCUGUUCCCCUUCCUUACCUGGUUGACUCAAAAUCACUGACAGUAUUGUACUUUGAAUAUAUUCCUGAGGCUCCUCCUGAUUAUUUUUCAGUUGUCAGUACUCGUAUUCAAGAUGCUCGGGAGAGUCCGAUGGAGCCCCAGUAUUUGCUGUUGAUGUCAGUAUUACAUCAUCACUUUGUUGUUACUGGAGGACAAGAUGAUAAAGCAUUUGUAUGGAAUUUAUCAAACCAAGAAAUUUUGUUUGAAUGUGUUGGUCAUCAGGAUUCAGUUACAUGUGUCAAAUUCAGUCAUGAUGAUAAAUAUGUAGCCUCGUCAGAUCUUGGGGGUGUGGUCAAAGCACGAUUAUUUUUGGUUGGUUUAUUGUCUGGACAGUUAUCAGUUUGGGAUCUACCAACAAAGAAGUUGAGACAUGUUUGUCAGCCACCAAAAAAAGAGAGACGAGAGUAUUUUAUUGACUUCAUCUGA